AUGAUGUAACGAUCAACUAGUUAAAACUGUCGAUAUUGUUGUUCCGCAGUUUACGCAGAUCUCCAGUAUCGCGUUCGCCGUAACAAAUCUCAAUCAAGUAGCGAACAUCAAAAUAGUGCUUAUUGUGAAAAAAAUCGGUACCGACGAGGUAAACAAUAUUAGAAAAACUGCAGUCCGAAAAAAAUCGUUUUCCUAAUAAAGAUUAUCGAUACUUACUUAGAGUCGUUUCCUAAGGAAACACCUUGUAGACAAGUAUGUAGACAAGUAUGUAGGACAGAGUUUUAUUGCGUCCCCUCCCCCACCCUCAACGGACCCAGAUACGGACUGGUUUUUUCUCCCGCUUUAUCCCCCUUCCACACCCUUCACCCUGCUUGGAGCCCCAUGGAUUGGCCCCUUUACCUACUUCACACGCCUUCCACAUUUUUGCGUUACUUAACUUACUUGUUAUCCUAUUCCAGUACCAAAAAUUAGAAAAAGAUAGAUAAAGGUCAAGUUGAAUCGAGAAAGUUAAUUUAUUGAUAGAAAGGUAGGCCUAAUACUGAGUUAUUGUAUAUAAAAGGGCGAGAAAAGAACGAAGCAGCCAGUGGAGCACAGAAUACCCUGUACUAAUUGCGGACUGAUAUUUUGUAAACUGAAGAAUAAUCGUACGGGUCGUCACACGUAAUUUGUUAAUUUUACGCAUUAUGAUAAGUGAACAAAACAUGGAAACUGAAAUACGCAGAACGCCAAUACAGAAUUUCUAUGCCGGACAGUCGAUCUUCAUCACAGGAGGUACCGGAUUUCUUGGAAAAGUCUUGAUUGAAAAACUAUUACGAAGUUGUGCCGAUAUUUCCACGAUAUAUCUGCUGAUACGAUCAAAAAAUAAUAAAUGCCCCAACAGUCGACUAGACGAAAUAUUUGAAAAACCUAUUUACAAUCGAGUAAAAAAGGAAGUACCGAAUUUCCGCCAAAAAGUCGUCCCAAUUAUAGGUGAUUUAAAUGUCGAAGACUUUGGAUUGUCAGCAAAUGACAAGAGCAUCUUAAUAAAUAAAGUAUCCGUCAUUUUUCAUAUGGCAGCAAAUUUACAUUUUAACGAAGAAAUCAAAGUUUCUACGGCAGCAAACAUUGAAGCUAUUGCUACCAUCUUAAAGCUUGCAAAACACAUGAUAAAUUUAAAGUCAUUUAUUCACGUGUCAACCGUAUAUGCGAAUUGCUAUGUGGACCAUAUUGAAGAACGAUUUUACUCAUAUCCUAUUAAUCACAAAAAUCUUAUUACGUUUACACGUAAUUUACCUGAAAAUAUAAUCAAGGAAAAGAUAUCUAGAAUUGUAUCACAAUGGCCGAAUACUUAUACAUUCACAAAAGCAAUGGCGGAAGGAUUUCUCAGAUACGAAAGCGGAGAUUUACCAGUUGGAAUAUUUCGGCCUGGCAUAGUUUUAUCUAGUGCCAGUGAGCCACUCGUUGGAUGGAUCGACAAUAAGUAUGGACCAGUUGGCUUGUUCAUGUCUUCACUAUUUGGAUUAGCAAGAUUUCAACGUUGUGAUUCUAGUACCAAGGCAAAUCUAGUGCCAGUCGAUUUCACCGCAAAUGCAUUAAUUGUUAGUGCUUGGGACGUCCAUAAUCAAUCAAGGAGAGGCAGAGAUAUGUUAAUUUAUAAUUUUGUAUCACCAAUUGAUGGGCCUACUUGGAAUGACUAUAAAAACUCAUUUCUCGACAUGAGUAAAACAUAUCCCUUGAGAAAUGCCAUAUACAUACCCUUAAUGACUUUCUUACGAUAUAAAGCAUCCUAUAAAAUUUGUAUUUGGCUCGGUCACUUUCUUCCGGCUUUAUUUAUGGAUAUUGCAAGCAUCUGUAUAAAUCGUAGUCCAUGUAUGUGCAAGUUGUAUAUAAAGAUCGACAAAUUUUCCAAAGCAAUCGAACCUUUUUGUAAUAAAGAGUGGACUUAUUCUACUGACAAUGUUCAUGCAAUGUGGGAUCGUCUCAAUAAAAUGGAUCAACAAUUAUUUAAGUUUAACAUGAUAGAAUUUAACUGGACAAAAUAUUUUAUUGAUCAUUAUCAGGGCUUACACCUCUACUUAGUCAAGGAUGAUGGUAAUACUCUAGAAAUCAGCCGUAUUAAAUAUAAAAGAUUUUAUUGGAUACACCAAAUGAUAAAAGUUGUAUUUGUUUUUGCUGUCUUUUGGAUUACAUUAAUUAUAUUUAAGAAAUUGUUUAUAUAAUGUUAACAUUAAAAUAUUUAUUAUCUUAUCACCUUGUUUUACAUUUGCUUCAUGACACAUGUAAUAGAUUUAUCAUCUAUGCAUUCUCUUUUUUUCUGCAAUUGCCAUAAUUUAAUAAAAUAGUAAAAUAAUAAGUUAGCUAUUAGAUUAAUAUAUGAAUAACAUUGAAAAUCAGCUUUCAUUUAAAGCAGAUUUUGAUAUUUAAUCUCUUGCAGACUAACUUAGAUCUUAUCGACGAUUUUUUAAUUCUAAAUUAGAUGGAUGUUGCAUAAAAAAGAUCGACUUUUGUAAUUGUUAAUAAUAAAAAUUCAUCAAUCGAAUUACGUGAUAUUUCGUUCCUUAUUAAAAAAUUCCAAAUUGCCAAGUUUGUUGAAAACUGAUUAUGCCAAUUGUUUGCUAUCAACCGUUGUCAAGCAUAAAGGCUGACAAAUUGCAAAAAUAUAUCUGUAAUAUUACAAGGUGUUUACAAAUUGCAAACAAAGAUCGAUAUGACAAAACCUGUUGAUCAUGCUAUGUAAACAGGUUGAUGUCAGUGAUCGAGCGAGGUUUGCACUUUUUGUUAUUAAUCUGCAGUCAGAUUGCUUGCACGUGCAGAUUUUACUCGAUUCUUGCCAUUAGUCUGCUAUCAAAUUCUGCGAGUAAGCUCUGUAAAUUGUAAGUAUAUUGCUAAAACAAUUAAUGCCAAUUAACUUUUAUU